GCCCUCUACCACUUGGAUACCAGCUACGACCUUGGGCUGUACGAGAAAUCGCCUACCAUUAUUAAAUCCAUAAUACGGCACUACAAAACCCGCCGCGAUGCUGGCAAUCAUCAUUCUAACCACCCUACUGAGCCUUGCGGAGGCCAGCUUCAAAACACCAAGAACCGCGCUCCCUCCGAGCCCGAGCUUGUCAUCCGCAAUAUCCGCGUCGGCAGUAGAAUCAUCUAUUCCCACAAUAGCAACAAGCAGCAUAACUCAGUCCCAACCCGUUGAAUCAAGUUCUUGUGCCCCGCAGCUGAAGAGCUCUGCUGCUGUCUCGACUCGGUGCUCCGCUCUACUAUCUGACGCGCCUACGUCUAUAUCGACUGCCAGCACGGGCAGCCCCGAAAUAACGCCGUCACCUGAACUCGAUCCGCCAGGGGCCAACUUCCACGAGAUGGGUGCCAAGUACGUCCAGACUACAUAUUGGAGUUGCGUAACUUUCCCUCUGGAAACACAUUGCGGUUGGCACCAGCCCAUAUUGGAUGCCAAAGCAGGUGGGAUACGAUGUGAUGGUAGUGGACAGGCAGCUUUGCGCGCGGGUAUCGUGGCAGGUGUCGUCGCAGGUGGAUUGGCGCUUGGAAUCUAGCGUCUGAGCAGAGCGCCUCUGCUUAUUUGGUUUCGUUCUUUUGGGUAGAUACCCCGGAUGACCUGAGAGAUGAUGUGAUGAUUUAUGAUAAGCUUGCGCCAUACGGGACAUUAGAUACCUGGGGAGAUUGAGGCGUCUUGGAGUUAGUGAAGGGAAGUGUUAUAUGAAUAUAUCGUCAGUGAAUAAAUAACACGCCAAUAGGUCACUUAUGAAGAAGAAUCUCAAAUCGUGAUUGCCAUAUCAACUCCUUGAUUUAUGCUAUCGUGGGGAAAUCAUCAAAUUCAUUCCG